AUGACCGCCACCACCACCGAUCAGCACCACGGCACCCUGCCCGCAGGCUUCCUCCGCGGGUUCGCGACGGCGUCGUACCAGAUCGAGGGCGGACACGACCAGGACGGGCGCAAGCCGAGCGUGUGGGAUGUCGCGCUCAAGGACAAGGACAACGGCGACGUCGCGUGCAACUCGUACAACAUGAUCGAGGAGGACAUUGCGCUCCUCAAGUCGCUCGGCGCAAACGUCUACCGCUUCUCCAUCAGCUGGUCGCGUAUCGUCCCCCUCGGCGGGCGGAACGACCCUGUCGAGCCCCGCGGAAUCGCGCACUACUCCAAGUUUAUCGACCGCCUCAUCGAGGAGGGCAUCACGCCGUUCGUGACCCUUUUCCACUGGGACCUCCCCUAUGCGCUGCAGGAGCGCUACGGCGGCUUCCGCGCGACGGGUGAACAGCGCGAGGAGCUCCUCCUUGACUGGGACCGCUACGUGCGCGUGUGCUUUGAGGCGUUUGGCGAUCGCGUCAAGCACUGGAUCACGCACAACGAACCCCUGAGCUACGUCUACUGCCACUUUGCUUUCACCGACGACUACAAGCUGGACGAGAAGUGGACUGUUGGCAAGAACAUCCUCAUCACACAUGCACGGGCGGUUGACAUCUACCGCAAGGAGUUCCAGCGUCCCGACACGGUCAUCGGCAUCGCGCUCCAGUCCGAGUGGGUCGAGCCGAUUGACGACAGCCAGGCGGCCAAGGACGCCGCCCAGCGUGGCAUGGACGUGUCGAUCGGGUGGUUUGCCGACCCCAUCUACCUCGGCAAGCCUAAUGCCACUGUUGAGAAGCUCGCGCCGGGCGCGUACGACUUUACGGAGGCCGAGUGGGCCAUCCUGAGGGGGUCGUCCGACUUCUUCGGAAUCAACCACUACUCGACGCAGUUGGCGACCGGCAAGAUUAUCACCGAAGACCCGCCCAUUAUCAACACUAUGUUCGGCUCGAUCGAGAUGACGCAGGAGCCUGGAGGCGUGCCCAUCGGCCACCGCGGACACGACGGCCACCCAUACACGGUCCCCUGGGGCUUCUACAAGCUGCUCAAGUACAUCCACGCGACGUGGACCAACGCUGGCGUCAGCUACAUCCACAAGGACAUCCCGACAUACGUCACGGAGAACGGAUACGCCGAGCAGGAUGAGCGUCAGUAUACGUUUGAGGAGAGGAUCAACGACAAGAACCGUGUCAACUACUUUGAGGGAUACCUCGCUGCCCUGGUCGGCGCCGUUCAGGAGGGCGUGCCCGUUGCGGGGUACAUGGCAUGGAGCCUGCUUGACAACCUCGAGUGGACGAGCGGCUACAAGCCGUGCUUUGGCGUCACUGUUGUCGACAUGGACGGUGGUACGUUCAAGCGCACGCCCAAGAGCUCGGGGCUGUACAUCAAGCGCUUCUUCGACGAGGCCGUAGCGUCAAAGGCGUAG